CGCGCACCGGAGCCAGUGGCCGCUCCAUCCAUUUACUGUCGCCAAGCCACUGACUUCCGGCGGAAAAGCCUCGACAAAGAUGUCGGAACACGAAAGCCCUCACCUGGACCGCCCGGAUUCCGUCCUCUUCGUAUCAUCUUCUAUAAAGAUCCCGCGUCCAGUCCACCGUCGCCUCUACCGGUUCCCCUUCAGCCUUCCCAAAGCCCUAAAAGCCUUCAUUCCCCUUCGGUCCUUUCCUCAUAUCGGCAACCGCGGCCUUUUCUGCGCUUCCUCCCUCGUGGUAUCUAGGCCGGAGAAAGCCGCUGCAAAUGCGCCGGACAGAGAGGUCAGCGGCGCUGUUGUCCGGGGGAGCCGGCACACGAAGGAGGACGAGGAGAGGGUUUUGAUAAGCGAGGUUCUGGUCCGGAACAAGGAUGGAGAGGAGCUGGAGAACAAGGAGGUGGAGGCCGUGGCGACAGCAGCACUGAAGGCCUGUCGGCCGAAUUCAGCGCUCACCGUUAAGGAGGUGCGAGAGGAUGUGCUCCGGGUGAUCGACAGUGGGUUGUUCUCGUCUUGCAUGCCUGUUGCAGUCGAUACCCGUGAUGGCAUCCGGUUGAUUUUUCAGGUAGACCCGAAUCAAGACUUUCAAGGCCUGAUAUGUGAAGGAGCAAAUGUUCUUCCUGCCAAGUUUUUGGAAGAUGCAUUCCGCGAUGGAUAUGGAAAAAUUGUCAAUGUUAGGCACUUGGAUGAAGUCGUAGAUUCCAUCAAUGGGUGGUAUAUGGAGCGUGGCCUCUUUGGAACGGUGUCAGUUGUUGAGAUGCUUUCUGGUGGAAUCCUUAAACUAAAAGUUUUAGAGGCUGAAGUGAACAACAUAGCCAUUCGUUUCCUUGAUAGGAGAACUGGUGAGCCAACUACUGGAAAGACAAAGCCUGACACAAUACUUCAACAGCUAACAACCAAAAAGGGGCAGGUCUAUAGUCUCCAACAAGGAAAAAGAGACGUGGAAACAGUUCUAACAAUGGGGAUCAUGGAAGAUGUGAGCAUUAUCCCACAACCGGCAGGAGAUACUGGUAAAGUUGAUCUUACAAUGAAUGUUGUCGAGCGUGCUAGUGGUGGCUUCUCUGCUGGUGGUGGCAUUUCAAGCGGGAUAACAGGUGGCCCUCUUUCAGGCUUAAUUGGGAGCUUUGCAUAUUCACACAGAAACUUGUUUGGGCGUAAUCAAAAACUUAACAUAUCACUGGAAAGAGGACAGAUUGAUUCAAUAUUCCGUAUUAAUUACACAGACCCUUGGAUUGAAGGAGAUGAUAAGAGGACAUCAAGAUCCAUAAUGGUCCAGAACUCAAGGACACCAGGGGUCCUUAUUCAUGGGGAUCAAUCUGAUCAUGGUGGAAUAACAAUUGGUAGAGUAACUGCUGGCAUUGAAUUCAGUAGACCUUUCAGACCAAAAUGGAGUGGGACUGCAGGACUUAUUUUUCAGCAUGCUGGUGCUCGUGAUGAUCAUGGAGAACCGAUCUUUAAGGAUGCAUAUGGCAGCCCAUUAACUUUUAGUGGUAAUAUGUAUGAUGACAUGCUGAUUGCCAAGUUUGAGACUGUAUAUACUGGUUCCAGUGAUCGUGGCUCCUCAAUGGUUGUAUGUACCAUGGAACAAGGGCUUCCGGUAUUCCCUGAGUGGCUUUGUUUCAACAGAGUGAAUGCUCGGGCUAGGACCGGAGUGGGCGUUGGUCCAGCUCGUUUUAUUUUGAGUUUGACUGGCGGUACUGUGGUGGGAAAUUUCUCUCCACAUGAAGCAUUUGCCAUAGGUGGGACUAACAGUGUUCGAGGUUAUGAAGAAGGUGCAGUUGGUUCUGGAAGAUCAUAUGUUGUGGGGAGUGGAGAGGUUUCAUUUCGCAUGUUUGGUCCAGUUGAAGGUGCAAUAUUUGCUGACUACGGUAGUGACCUUGGAUCAGGAUCAGCUGUUCCAGGAGAUCCUGCUGGUGCGAGGGGCAAGCCUGGUAGUGGCUAUGGAUAUGGUGCUGGCAUCCGUGUGGAAUCUCCCUUGGGACCUCUGAGGUUGGAAUAUGCCUUUAAUGAUAGGUUUGCAACAAGAUUCCACUUUGCUGUCGGAUACCGAAAUUAAACGCGAUGGAUUCUCAUCAGCUAUACCGUUGCUUCAUUUUUCACUCAUUUCAGCAUAUAAGGUUUGUCAAAAGUGCUUUGAUAGUUGCAUUUGCAAUUCAGUGGUCCAGACAACGAAAUUGAAAUCUUCCAAUUUUGUUACUGGAAGGUUUGUAAACUGCACAGUUAAUGAGGGGAUCAGAGGCAUUUAUUUGUGGUUAUCCAAUGGAAACUUUAAUUGGUCCUUUUGUAAAAUAUAGCAAGGUUUGCGUGCUUAUAUGUUCGACUAACAGAAUGUUUUCUCAAGAAAGCGCCCAAUUUCAUGCAUUACAAGGUA